UCCACUGCUCAGCUGUUCUCCACUUCGACUCCUCAACGGCUCGUCGUUUCUUACUUUUACCAUUUCACCCGCCCAACCGAGUCAGCCAGUUAGUUAGUGACUUAGUUAGAUAGUUAGUUAGCACAGUUAACUAGUCGGUGAGUCUCCUCUGAGUGAGGCUGUUAACGCGUGAAAGUCACCGUCGCAUUGCUCGGUGCACAAGGAGUGAGUUAAUGCGACACGGCGCUGUCACUUGCUGCCUGGACAUGACUGUUGUCUGAACUGACACAAGAGGAGUCACAGCGGCAGGAUCCUUCAGCCGGCCGUUCAUCUCCAUGCCACACUGAGGAGAAAUCACUCAUCCUGAGUACGAGUUCUGCCCUUGUGUUUCUCUUCUCUGUUCGACAUGGGGGGAGCCGUGAGCGCUGGGGAGGACAAUGAUGACCUCAUUGAUAAUCUGAAGGAGGCCCAGUACAUUCGCACAGAAAAAGUUGAACAGGCUUUCCGGGCCAUAGACCGCGGUGACUAUUAUCUGGAUGGCUACCGGGACAGUGCCUACAAAGACUUGGCAUGGAAGCACGGGAACAUACACCUGUCGGCUCCGUGUAUAUACUCAGAGGUGAUGGAGGCCCUAAAACUGCAGCCAGGAUAUUCUUUCCUCAAUCUGGGCAGUGGAACUGGCUACCUGAGCACAAUGGUUGGUCUUAUCAUAGGUCCGUUUGGAGUGAACCAUGGAGUUGAGCUCCAUAAGGAUGUGGUUGAAUAUGCCAGAGAGAAACUGGAUGACUUCAUAAAGAAUAGUGACAGCUUUGACAAGUUUGAGUUCUGUGAACCCGUCUUUGUGGUGGGGAAUUGUCUUGAAAUCGCAACAGACAGUCACCAGUACGACCGCAUUUACUGCGGUGCAGGAGUGCAGAAAGACCAUGAAAAUUACAUGAAAGUGCUGCUCAAAAUUGGAGGCAUUCUGGUGAUGCCUAUAGAGGAUCAGCUGACCCAGAUAACCAGGACUGGUCAGUGCACAUGGGAGAGCAAAAACAUCUUGGCGGUGUCCUUUGCCCCCUUGGUCCAGCAGAGCAGAGCUGAUGGAGAGAAGCCUGACGCUGUCCAGCUGCCCCCAGUGACUGUUCGGAGCCUUCAGGAUCUGUCUCGGAUCUACAUACGCCGCACUCUCAGAAACCUGGCCAAUGAGGACAGUCAGGGGAAGGGGAUGGUGCAAAGAGUUCCCCAAAAGCGCAAACGCAGGCGCUGCCGACGGCGACGCAUCAACACCUACGUUUUUGUAGGCAACCAGCUGAUCCCCCAAAUGGUGGAGAGCGAGGAGGAGGAGCACCCCGAGGAAGAACAAAAGGAAGUAGAGGAGGAGGAGGAAAGAGACAUUGGCGACAUUGAAAUCCUCAAGCAAGUGAACGUGUUGAGAGACCAAAUAAUGGCUUUACCGCUGCCUGAGUCACUUAAAGCAUAUUUGCUGUAUUACAGAGAGAAAUGACUUAUCCACUCAAUAUCCACUCUUAACGGGUGCAGCGUCUGCUGAAAAUUGCUUUUCUUCACCGUUUUCAGUACAAAUGUAGCAUUAUUUCCAUUAAAUCUUGAUGGCAAAACCGCACCGGAAAGAAACGUCAUAGAUAAUAUUGGAAAAUAAUGUUAUGAUUGUCAUGGGUUGUUUGUUUAUGUUGUUUUCUUUUGAUUUGUAUGUCAAAAAAAUAUGAAAAAAAACCCGAAAAACUAAAUGGACAUAGUUUCAGGAACCCGUUUUGAGAUUCAGAUUUUAUCACAAUGUCAGGAUGUCUGCAGCAGUUUGCGGAUUAAAAAUUGUAUAAAAAACAAAGUUCUUACUAUAUUUGUUAAAAUAUGAUCAUGCUGAGAUGAAAAGUUUUAUUGCACCUUUUUUAGAAGCUUUAACUUGAUAUCAGUAUCUGGCCAUUUAAUGAUGCUGAAAAGAGCAAAAGACACUGAAAAGCAAAUAAGGCCACAUCCUCCCAUUUUGAGAUAAAGAGUAAGACAUUCUUUCGUAAUCAUGAAUGGGGGCCCUUAUGUCAUUACUCCUCUUGAUAUUUUGUUUUUAGGUCAACGUGUUUUGUACCUUCCUAUUACAAGCGAUCACUCAGAGACGAGGUUGUUUCAUCAUAUUUUCUACCGGGCACCUUUUCAUGUAACUUUUUCUACAGGGUGCUCAUAUUCUUGUGUUUUCUCACUUUGCGUAUAGGUAGCCGACAUCCUACUUGAUAAUGAUGAAGUGUUGUAGGCAUCCCUGGAAUGACCAUUUAUCAGACCCCUCUACUCUCCACGUUUCUCUUCUCUGUUGUUGAUGCAAAUAUAUUAGUUUAAUGAAUCAUAUCAGAGGACAAAAAAAUUAUGAAACUGAUAACGGUGGUUCAUAUGUUCAGGAAACUGGUGAAAGAGGUGUUUAUUAAUAAUGAGAACAUGCAUGAAUAUACUGUAUAUGUCUUGGGUGUCCUUGACUUUGCUUCACAUCUUCUGGUUGGUCACUGGAGGUGAUGUCCCAAGUGAUCAAGUCUGGAAAAUGUAGUUUAAAAAAAAAAUAUAUAAAAAAAAAAGAUUUCAAGAAUAUUAAUCAGUUAGAUGGCCUUGAGACAAAUCUCAAAUCCUGUAUAGUACUGCAUUUUUUUAUUGACAGCAAUGCAAAAUCAGAAUCGCUGAGGAUUUUGAAGCCUUUUGUAUCCUGGACUGUGAGCACCUUAUUCUGCAGUCCCCCAGUAAAAAAAAUCAUAAUAAUAAUGAUAAAGGAGGUGCCAUUUUUUUGGCUUAACUUGUAUGGUGGACUGAGCUUGUAAUGUAAAUCCUGUUAAAGUACAAUUUGCUUGCAGAACUUCCCUGAUAGUGAUGGCUUUUAAGUGCCGACGUACCCCAUCACAUUAGGAUUUCUGUGAGUUUUCUGGCACAGUAAAUUCACCCAAACAAUGGUAUAUUUCUACAAAACAUUCCACAGUGAAAAAAAAAAAAGGAAUUAAAAAAUAACAUAACAUCACUGAUAGAUGUCACAGUUUUCGUUCAUGCUUUACUGUCACGGACUUGAGGAAUUUUCUUCAUCUUACUUUGAAUGCAUAAUUUAGUAUUUCCAAAAGCUGAGUUGAAUGUUGUUGAUAUGAAUUCUAUUCAAUAUAAAAGUGAUAUAUAUGUGUUGUUAUCAUAUGAUUCUGCAUACAGUUUAAUUUGCAUUUGGUUUGUUGUAGCACCCUCUUGCUGUACUGUAACGUCACACUGGGAACUCUGUACAUCAAAACUCCACUGCUGUCUGUUAAAUAGAUAAGAUAUAUUAGUGCUAUAGGUCUUCAUUUUGUUCUGGUGUAAUGAAAAAAUAUUUUGUUUGAGAACAGGGCUGAUUAUUCUAUUAGUAGUUUUGUGUGUGAAGAGGUAUCAUUUAUUUUCUGUAAGUUUUUUUAGUUUUUUUACAUUUAUUGGAAAGCUUUGCAAGUAAGCAAUAAUGGAAUAAUUUCUCAGCUCAUAAUUAACAGUAACAACAUAGUCCCAUUCGAUUUGUGUAGUAUCCAUUAAAAUUCACAUGACCAAUUACAAACAUGCAGCAGUUUAUAUACUAUUAUCUAAAACUGUAAUGGCUUUUUAGAGAGCACAUUCAGUAUUGAAAGCAGGGGACCUUCAACCUCAGCGCUCAGGUCACGCCUUGCACCAAAGUUAAUGGGACUGCUGUGAUUUCAUUUAAUGUGGACGAGAUUCAGUUACAAACAUGGCACCCGGUAAAAACCAAGUCAUAACCGAUUCUGCGCUCUCAUAUUAAUUUGUUCGUUAAGAGCCAAAACUAUUCUGUUGCUGUUUAUCAGGCCUGGGUUGACUUCUCAUAGUGUGUGCAGUUCAUUUUUGGAAAUGUGUUGUUUCUAUGUAAAUGUUUGGCACAAAAAUAAAGGUCACAAUCACAUUA